UUUUGUUUAUUCCCGAAAUAACCCCGCACAGACAACCCCACUUCUCCUCGGCCGUGCGGCGACUCCUGUAAGGCUCCUCUACCUUCUCCGGCGUACUGGUAACUGAAACUGAAAUGCUGAAGCUGCAAACUUACGCGGGGCUUAGCUUCAUAGCUACGUUGGCUGUUACUUAUCAUGCCUUCAGUAGUAGAGGCCAGUUUUAUCCUGCAAUGGUUUACUUGUCGACUUCAAAGAUCAGUUUGGUGCUUCUUUUAAACAUGGGACUGGUUCUCAUGUGCAUUUUGUGGCAACUGACCAAGAAAAUCUUCCUCGGCUCGCUUCGGGAAGCAGAAGUAGAAAGGCUGAACGAGCAGUCGUGGCGGGAGAUUAUGGAGAUACUGUUUGCGGUCACUAUUUUCAGACAAGAUUUUUCAGUUACAUUUAUUGCAAUGGUCACUGCUUUACUUCUGAUCAAGGCUUUGCACUGGAUGGCGCAAAAGAGGGUUGAGUACAUCGAAACAACCCCAACUGUUACUAAGCUGUCGCACUUCCGCAUUGUAUCUUUCAUGGGAUUCCUUCUCCUUAUUGACGUUAGCUUUAUGUACAAAUCAAUCAAGUAUUUGCUAGACACCAGAACUGCUUCCGUUUCACUCUUCUUUUCAUUCGAAUACAUGAUAUUGGCCACAACAACUAUAGCAACAUUUGUGAAGUACAUAUUCUACGUUAGCGACAUGCUAAUGGAAGGUCAAUGGGAAAGAAAAGCUGUCUAUACCUUUUAUUUGGAGCUUAUCCGUGACUUACUCCACUUGACUAUGUAUAUGUGUUUCUUCCUCGUCAUUUUUGUGAACUAUGGUGUGCCUCUUCACUUGAUCCGUGAGCUCUAUGAGACGUUCAGGAACUUUAAAAUCCGUAUUGCCGAUUACAUACGUUAUCGCAAGAUCACUUCAAACAUGAAUGAUCGUUUCCCAGAUGCUACUCCCGAAGAGCUCGAUACAAGCGAUGUAACGUGCAUUAUAUGCCGAGAGGAGAUGACUACGGCAAAGAAACUUAUUUGUGGGCAUCUUUUUCAUGUCCACUGCCUCAGAUCGUGGUUAGAAAGACAAAAUACAUGUCCUACAUGCAGAGCGCUUGUUGUACCACCUGAAAAUGGGACAUCAACUACUGGAUUAAGGGCUGAUGGUCCUCAGCAAGGAACUACCGCUCCUAGUACAUCUUCGCCAAGCUCCGCUGACAAUAGUGCUUCAAAUAAUAAUAUCAGUCAGCAUCAGAUUAGACUCCAAGCUGCUGCAGCCGCUGCCGCCAUAUAUGAGAAAUCUUUUGUUUAUCCUUCUCCAAGUACUCCCUCUGGAUCACCCGGGUCUACCUUACAUCCCGGAAUGGCAAACAAUGGUGGAAACUAUGGGCAACUGAGGGCUCGCAAUGUAUCGGAACCUCAGCAGGAUUUACAAGUCAAAUUAAUUCAGCACCAGAUUGAGUUUCUGCAAAGGCAGCUUCAGCUUCUGCAAACAUCAAACGGUGAGAAAAAGAUGGAUGUAGAAACGACACCCGAUAACAAGGGAAAGACGGUAAUACCCUCACCAUCUUCAUCUAUUAUAGACUCUAGUGAGACUCACAGUCCAGGGGCUACCGACUAAAUACGAAGUUUUUGAUUCGAGCGUCCUCGGAAUUUAUCAUACUUUAAAGACUCUGUAUUCGAUGAAAUGAUGUAUGUAAAUUAAAUCAAAUGUACUACUUGUGUGUGUGAAGCCAGUCCCCAGUGUACUGCAGAAUUGGGAGACCGCAAUUUGAGGCUGUACUUAGAUUUUUGAAACCCGAGUCAUGAAGGAAUAUUCCUUAAUCUUAUAUCUGUUUAGGACAAUUUAUUACUUUGUUUUGAUGUUAAUUAUCAGUUUUCAUUUACU